UGGGAGGGCUCUGGAGCAGGAGCAGUGCUGAUCUCGGGAAGGCAGGGAUGGAUGGGAGGGCUCUGGAGCAGGAGCAGUGCUGACGUGCUGCCGGAGCUGCAGUGACUCCGCAAUGGCUGAGCCUGCCGGCACUGAGCUCAUCCCGCAGCCUGCCGGGGAAACCUGUCCUUAGCUCCUCCGACUGCUCGGAUCCGCGCUCGGCUACGUGCUGCCCUGACCUGCUGAGCCCCGUCCCCGUGCCUGGACAGGGACAGUGCCUCUGCUGUGCUGGGACCAUGAGGGACAGACCGAGGCACUGAGGGUCCCCAGCCAGGAGCAUUGCUGCCCACGUGAACAGGAUUGCUUCAAAAAGGCCCCAGAAGAUGUAGAGCGGCGAGCGGCGCGCUCGGGGCCGGGCCUCCCUCACCAUGGCCAAGAGGGGCUCCAGCAGCCGCGCCAGGGGGGACAAGCCCGACGCCCUGGCCGCCCUGCAGGCUGCCAACGAGGAGCUCAGGGCCAAGCUCACCGACAUCCAGAUCGAGCUCCAGCAGGAGAAGAGUAAGGUCAGCAAGUUGGAAAGGGAGAAGAAUCAGGAAGUGAAGCAGAUCAAGGAGCACGAGCAGCAUAAAAGCACAGUGGUGGUCACAGAGCUCAAAGUCAAACUUCAUGAAGACAAAAUGAAAGAGCUCCAAGCUGUCCGAGAAACUCUUCUGAGGCAGCACGAAGCUGAGCUGCUCAGAGUAAUAAAAAUCAAGGACAAUGAAAUCCAGAGGCUGCAGACCCUGCUGAACGCCGUGCGGGACGGCGCCCCGGACAAGGUGAAGACGGUGCUGCUCUCCGAGGCCAAGGAGGAGGCCAAGAAGGGCUUCGAGGUGGAGAAAAUCAAAAUGCAGCAGGAGAUUUCCGAGCUGAAGGGGGCUAAGAAGCAGGUGGAGGAGGCUCUGACGAUGGUGAUCCAAGCUGACAAAAUCAAGGCCGCGGAGAUCAGGAGCGUGUAUCACCUGCACCAGGAGGAGAUCACCCGCAUCAAGAGGGAGUGCGAGAGGGAGAUCCGCAGGCUGAUGGAGGAGAUUAAGUUUAAGGACAGAGCAGUCUUCGUGCUGGAGAGAGAGUUAGGGGUGCGAGCCGGGCAUGCUCAGAGACUGCAGCUCCAAAAGGAGGCUUUAGAUGAACAACUGUCCCAGCUCAAAGAGUCUGACCGGCAUCUGAGCAGCCCCAAGCGGGAACUUCCUUAUGCAAGUGGUGCAGGAGACGCUUCAGAUCAUUCGGGAAGCCCCGAACAGCAGUUGGAUGAAAAGGAUGCCCGGCGCUUCCAGCUGAAAAUCGCGGAGCUGAGCGGGAUCAUCCGCAAGCUGGAGGACAGGAACGCGCUGCUGUCGGAGGAGAGGAACGAGCUGUUGAAACGUCUCAGAGAAGCAGAAAGUCAGUAUAAGCCCAUUUUGGACAAAAACAAACGCCUCAGUAGGAAGAAUGAGGAGUUGUCACAUGCCUUACGUCGAAUGGAGAAUAAACUGAAAUUCGUGACGCAGGAGAACAUUGCCAUGAGGCAAAGAACUGGAGCGAUAAGGAGACCAAGCUCCCUAAAUGACCUUGACCACAGCCAGGAAGAAAGGGAAGUGGAUUUCCUGAGGCUACAAGUAAUUGAGCAGCAAAACAUCAUUGAUGAGCUCUCCAAGACCCUGGAGACUGCUGGCUAUGUGAAGAGCGUCAUGGAGCGGGAUAAGCUGCUAAGGUUCCGGAAGCAAAGGAAAAAAAUGACAAGAAUCCCUAAGAAGCCAGUGGUGGAGACGUUCUAUGGCUACGACGAGGAGGCUUCCCUGGAGUCUGAUGGUUCCUCCAUCUCCUACCAAACCGACCGGACUGACCAGACCCCCUGCACGCCCGAGGACGACCUGGAAGAGGGCAUGGCCAAGGAGGAGACGGAGCUGCGGUUCCGGCAGCUGACCAUGGAGUACCAGGCGCUGCAGCGCGCCUACGCCCUGCUGCAGGAGCAGGUCGGGGGCACCCUGGAUGCAGAGAGAGAAGUCAAGACCCGUGAGCAGCUCCAGGCAGAAAUCCACCGGUCCCAGGCUCAGAUAGAGGACCUGGAGAAGGCUCUGGCUGAGCAGGGACAGGACAUGAAGUGGAUUGAGGAGAAGCAGGCGCUGUACAGAAGGAAUCAGGAGCUGGUAGAAAAGAUCAGGCAGAUGGAGGCCGAGGAGGCGCGCCUCAAACACGACGUGCAGGACGCCAAGGACCAGAACGAGCUGCUGGAGUUCAGGAUCCUGGAGCUGGAGGAGAGAGAGAGACGGUCCCCGGCCAUCACCUUCCACCACGGCCCCUUCACGGAGGGGAAGAGCCCUCUGCAGGUGUACUGCGAGGCUGAAGGUGUAACAGACAUUGUAGUGGCAGAGCUGAUGAAAAAGCUGGACAUUUUAGGGGAUAACGCCAACCUGACCAACGAGGAGCAGGUGGUCAUCAUCCAGGCGAGGACUGUGCUGACGCUGGCCGAGAAGUGGCUCCAGCAGAUCGAGGUGACCGAGUCUGCGCUGCAGCAGAAGAUGCUGGACCUGGAGAACGAGAAGGAGCUGUUCAGCAAGCAGAAGGGCUACCUGGACGACGAGCUGGACUUCAGGAAGCAGUCCCUGGACCAGGCUCACAAGCAAAUUCUGGAAUUAGAAGCCAUGCUCUAUGAUGCCCUGCAGCAAGAAGCUGGAGCCAAAAUUUCCGACCUUCUUUCAGAAGAGGAGAAGGAGAAGCUGAAGAGCGCGGUGGAGCAGUGGAAGCGGCAGGUGAUGAGCGAGCUCCGGGAGAGGGACGCCCAAAUCCUGCGGGAGAGGAUGGAGCUCAUCCAGCACGCUCAGCAGAGAAUUAAAGAGCUAGAAGAAAGAAUUGAAGGCCAAAAAAGACAAAUAAAAGAGUUAGAGGAAAAGUUUUUAUUUUUGUUUUUAUUUUUCUCUUUAGCUUUCAUUCUUUGGUCAUAGUCCUUCAGGCCACGUGCACAAGGUAAGCCCUCGGGUCUCCUCUGCUCUCUCCUCUUCUCCUCCUAGAGCAUCUCUGUUUUCCCGCAGAGGAAAGAGCCUUCUUUUUGCUGUGUCAGGAGGACUGAAGGGUCUCUUGGGCAUGCCAGA